AGUACUUUUCUCUCUCCUCACUUUAUAUUCUGAGGCUCUCCCCAAAUUCACUGCAGUCCUUAAAAACAACAAUAUUCCUUUCACCCUCCACUCCUCGACGCCGUAGACCACCUGCCGCCACUCUCCUCCGCCAUCUCCGGCAAAGAUGUUUUUCCAUAUUAUACUGGAGAGGAACAUGCAGCUUCACCCUCGCCAUUUUGGCCCACGUCUCCGGGAUAAACUCGUUUCUAAGCUCAUGAAAGAUGUUGAGGGAACCUGCAGCGGGCGCCAUGGAUUUGUGGUGGCAAUCAUGGGAAUUGAGCAUGUUGGCAAGGGGUUGAUUAGAGAUGGAACUGGGUUCGUCACUUUCCCUGUCAAGUAUAAAUGUGUUGUAUUUCGGCCUUUUAAAGGCGAGAUUCUUGAGGCUGUUGUUACCAUGGUUAAUAAGAUGGGUUUCUUUGCUGAGGCUGGCCCUGUUCAGGUGUUUGUGUCUAAUCAUCUGAUACCGGAUGAUAUGGAGUUCCAAUCUGCUGAUACACCAAAUUAUACAACUUCAGAUAAUUCAGUCAAAAUUCAAAAAGACAGUGAGGUGCGGCUCAAGAUUAUCGGGACUAGGGUGGAUGCAACAGAAAUUUUCUGCAUAGGAACGAUAAAAGACGAUUUUCUGGGCGUCAUAAGUGACCCCGGUGCAGCUUCAUGAGCUCCAUUGUACUUGAUAUAGCUGAUAACCCAUUUUGUGUAGAAAAUUUCUGGAACUAAAUCCUCGGAGUUGUAUUUUGACUUUUGAAUAACCAUUUAGUGGUUUGGAUAUAAAUGCUCCUAACUUACCAUAUUAACACUGUUUGUAUGAAACGGGAAAAAUUGGUGUUAAAGUUUAAUGCCUCGUGUUAUUAAAGUUUAGUUAAUUGAGAAGUGCAUUACAAAUCCCUCUAUUAAAGUUUAAUAAA